GCCCAGGUACAAUUUGCCAAUGUUUCCACAAUGGAACCAAUUGUUUUACAGUCUGUUCCACAUGAUCAUUGUAAUAAGGUUGAGACUGAGCUAAAGUUAAUCUGUGGCGACGUUCUGGAUGUACUGGACAAACACCUCAUUCCAGCAGCUAGAACUGGCAAGUCCAAGGUUUUGUAUUAUGAAAUGAAAGGGGACUACCACAGGUAUCUGGCAGAAUUUGCCACAGGAAAUGACAGGAAGGAGGUGGCAGAGAACAGCCUGGUGGCUUACAAAGCUGCUAGUGAUAUUGCAGUAAGAGAACUUUCACCAAUGCAUCCCAUUCAUUUAUGUCUUGCUCUCAAUUUUUCCAUAUUCUCCUGUGAAAUUCUGAAUUUCCCUGACCCUGCCUGCAGGUAAGCUGUGGGGAAGAACGCAACCUGUCAGUG